UGAUUUGUUAUCGUUUAUUGCCGGCUGAAAUUGUGGAUAUAAACAAACCAUUUGUAUAUUUUUUUUGGUUUUACCAUGACUUGUGACACAACUGAGGCCUUGGUGGCCCACAUGUGUGAUGUCGUGCAGUUCUACAUGCUACCGGAGCUGAAAGAAGAUCUGGACAACGUUCAGCUGGCUCCGUCGCAAUUUGAAAGUUAUCAUGUCUUGCUAGCUAACGAAUUGCCGAAAUUCUACGAUCUGGUGCAGGAAUUCCUUCAGAAGACCAAUAAUGCUGGACACGAAGAGCUGAGGGUACAAAUUGUGAUGCUUCUUUGCGAGCUGACAGCUGCUCCUACCGUUUACCAACUUAAUGAUGGGAGUGGUAACUUGCUGCGAAAUGCCAAUCAAUUGGGAAGGAAACUCUCCGAUACGUGGGGGGAAUCAAUGGACGCGCACAUACUCAAAAACUACGAGAAAAAGCUGCAAAAGAACUGUUGGAAGCGACAGCCUGGCGCCGUGCAUGGCUUUGCCAGAUAUCUAGAGCUCCGUUAUACGAAGGACGACAAAAUGACCACCCAGAUGCUAGCCUUCAGCCUGUCGGUCGGACUCAAUGUGCGGGAGUGCUACGACUUUGUCUAUAAGCAACUCGGUGUGCAGAUCUUUUCAAUAAUGCUGAAGCAUGGCGCCCUUAAGGACAUUCAGGAAUUGAAUAUCCACAGCGUGAUCUAUGAUCAUGCGCUUAGAGAUGCCUUCAGCAUGGACUCGAUUGAAGCUGUGACUGCCAUAUGGAAUUGUCUGUACCUCUGUCUGGAUCACUUCAUUGAUCUGGAUGCCUUUACGUGGAACCAAUGCGAUGAUAUGCUGGACGCGCUCGUUUGAAAUGUGACAAUGUCAUCCAAAGCCAACAACUCCAUUUGCCUGCUUCAGUUUAUAACACGACUUGGCUACUACUUCACCAUCCAUGCAUAGGUAGUCCCGGUCUGAACCGUACACCGCAGCAGUGCACCACGAAUGGCGUAGUAGAAGCCCGAAAUCCUCUUCUGCUUGAACAUCAGAUGGACCGAAAUGUAGUGCAGCACAUUUGCCUGGAUGUUCACUCUUAUUAUGUCUAUGGGAUGUGAUAGCAUAAUGGCAGCUACAUUGAUCAGUGUUGUGCCACCGCUGUCAUUGCUUGUCAUAUUGAAUAGUCACGCCUACAACAUGGCACAGUAAAGCAAUAUUUUUAACAUGUCUUCCCCAAACGUAGGAAUAACGUGUUCGAAACGCAAUUGGCGAAGAAGCGCUCUUGUUCGGAGCGAGCAGCAUGUACGUUCUGGUUUAAGAUUUGACUACGAUUGAGCCCUGCACCUAUUAUUAGUACAUUAAAUAAUCAAAUCAUUAUUUCGUUAUUGUAGCUUAGUGUCUUCAGAUGACAUAUUUUAUUAGAUAUAUAUGUAUAUGUGUUAAGUUGAAAUACGAUUAAAUGGUAAUUCCUUCACAGAAGGAAAUUUUGA